AUGGACGUGCUGAUGGACAUGUUCAUGGGUAUGUCCGGUCCGAAUGCUUUAGAGGUGACGAUGAUCGGAUGCUAUGCUCUUUGGCCCCGAAAAGAUUCACCACCUCUACGCCUGCAAGUCCGCAUGAAACCGUUAACUUUUACGAUGUCAUAUCUACCGGCUGUCUGGGCCGGCCGGUUCGCGUAUCUAGCAAUGAGUGUAGAUACUUACCAGAGAUUCCCAUUCAUUAGCAUUCUCGGCUAUGCUCGAAAUGCGCUGUCUCUAUUACACGAGGACUUCUGCCGGGGACAUGCAAGCUGCGAUACGACGCCCAAAUUGGAGAUGUUAUGGCGAACUAACCUCGUGCGACUAGCCACCGAAUUCCCUUUCAGCCUUGAACAAGGCCGUCGAAAAGGGCCUAGGGUGAUCAAAGUAGCAGGCCGCAGCGAUAUGACAGCACCGCGGUGCCUCUGGGGUUGCAUCCUGCGGUGGACUGGCGCAGCCUGGUUGGCGGGGAAAUCUCUGGGGUCUGGGGGAGGGCUGGAUGGGCAGGCUUCACGGUCCGAAUUCCCGAUAACCCUGCUCGCAUACCUGUUCACCUCUGUUCGCAAAAGUUCGUUCACCAUUGAAUAUGCGAAUGCGAAAGGGUCGGAUUCUUACGCCCGUCGCCAAAUACUUUGA